AUGGGAAAUGCUUCAGACACGUCUGCUGUGUUUGCCUCCACCAUCUCCAAGGAGCACGACAUCCUCAUGGGUUCACUCUACGGAGUCUUUUGCGUACUGUCGCUCGUAGGAAACUGCAUCCUGCUGCUCGUCGGGUAUCACAAGCGGUCGACCUUGAAGCCUGCUGAGUUUUUCAUCAUAAAUCUCUCCAUCAGCGACCUCGGGAUGACGCUCUCUUUAUUCCCAUUGGCAAUUCCAUCAGCGUUUGAACACAGGUGGCUGUUUGGAGAGAUCACCUGUCAGCUGUAUGCCAUGUGUGGAGUUCUGUUUGGUCUCUGCAGCCUGACCAACCUCACGGCCCUCUCCCUAGUGUGCUGCCUUAAAGUCUGCUUCCCCAACCAUGGUAACAAGUUCUCGUCGGCACACGCCCGCCUCCUGGUGGUCGGGGUCUGGUGUUACGCCUCAGUGUUUGCCGUGGGGCCCCUGGCGCAGUGGGGCCGUUACAGUGCUGAACCGUACGGCACAGCCUGCUGCAUCGACUGGAAAGCACCAAACUACGAGCUCUCAGCUUUGUCUUACAUCGUCUGCCUCUUCCUGUUCUGCUACGCUCUGCCCUGCACCGUCAUCUUCCUCUCCUACACCUUCAUCCUGCUGACGGUGCGGGGGUCGCGUCAGGCCGUGCAGCAGCAUGUGUCCCCCCCUCAGACGAGGACCACCAACGCACACUCUCUCAUUGUCAAGGUCAGAGGAC